AUGGCUUCUUGGAAGAUCGAGCCUUGCAGCGUUGCUGAUGCCCCCGCUCUAGCAUAUAAUGACAUGUCAGCCUUCUGGGAAGACCCGACAUGGAUUCUUGAGGUCCGUCAUCAGAAUGCCGUUGACCCUCUUACCGGCGAGCUUGUCGGAUAUGCCCGAUAG